AUGACUGAUAAUCAGGACUUGGCUGCACAAGAAGCUGUGGUAUCCCCCAUUGUUGGGUCAGUCACUACGCCAAUUGAAUCUGUGCCCUCUGAAAGAAGCACAAUUGAUCAAUUGUCUCUACAGCUACUCGAACAGAGCGAGAAAAAUUCCGUUUUGGAGAAUAGUAUUCUUGGAUUGAGCCGCAAAAAUGCCUCUCUGUUGAAGCAGAUAUAUGAGAGUAGAAAGAUGAAAGAGGAAAGUGAUAGGGAGGUGGAAAAAUUGAGCACAGAAGUAGAAGAAUUGAGUGCCACUUUGUUUGAUCAAGCAAAUAACAAGGUGAAAGAGGCCAAUGUACUAGCUAAUGAUUUUAAGGUCAGAAACGAGAAGCUAUUGGAAAGUUUGAGAGAAAAGGAUGAAACUGUCGAGCUUCUAAACAACGAGCUAAUUCAGUUGAAGGAUAUGGUAAGUCAAUUAGCCGAGGAACGAACAGCCAGUGAAGAAAGCAAUGGUAUCGGUGGAAACUCGAUUGAAAAUUUGCCUAGCGCGUCAAAAUUCCUUGCAGAUGCCUCAUUCAGCUUGAAGGGAUUACAGAAGUUCAAUAGCAAGCAGAUAUACACUCCUGUGUAUAACCAACUUCGAUUCGAUCUACACGCAUUCGAGCAGUUUCAUCGAGCUUUAGAAGCAACAAAUGUUCCAUUCAGUAUUCGUGACUCGAGUUUUUUUAGAUCAUUGCUAACUGAAGAGAUCGAGCCAGUGCUAAGGCUAGACCUUUCUCCCGGUGUGAAAUUCUAUCAGAGAAGAUCAUUUAUAACCAAUUUGAUGGAUUAUAAAGUUUCCAUUGAACCCUUGAGUGCGUCUACUGAAGUUUGGAAGUCGAGUAAUGCUGCUCAGCAGAAGCACGUAAUGCCAGGUUCAUUUGCCGAUGGACAUGCAACUCCUGAGUUAGAGGACGACUCUUCGUCUGGUCUUAAAAUGUUCAAAUAUGAUGCCAGCAGGCCCGUCGCAAACCUAUCCAAAUGUUCCAUUUGUGGAGAGGCUCGAAAGCAGAUGAAUUUUGCAAGACUUUACAAGCUAAAAGUUAAGGAUUUUGAGUAUACGCUUUGCAUAUCUUGCACUAACAAGCUCAGACGUGUGGUGGAGCUUCUCAAAUACCUCAAAAGUUUGAAGCAGACUGAUCUGGAUGAAGAGGUGAUCUGUCGGUGGUGUAAGCUGGCUUCACUGCGCGGCAAGUUGUAUUAUACCAAGUUGGGUGUCUGGAGUGAGGCUGAUGAGUAUGGGCUUGUAUACGGAUGGAAGAAUACAUGGCUAGGUCAGGAAGUUGGAUUACAUGCUCAGGAAGACGUUCCUACAUCAAGUGUUGCAUCAGUUGCAAACUCUGAUAAGAAAGACAUAAAUUUAGAGGCCGCUGAUGAAUCCAAAGGGAAGUUUAAUGCCGAGAACGCUGAACAAAUAAUAGACUCCACGAGCGAGGCCGCUGGCUCUACUACGGUGUCUAUAACUGAUGAGCAGAUAAUGAAGAAUGAUAUUGAUGGGUCUUCAGCAACCGAAGCAUUAGAGCAGCUCCCUUCAGAACCCCCUGAAGUUGCUCCUUCACCUAUAUCUGAGAAACUGUCUGGAUCUACUGCUAACUCUGUUUCUCAUUCCUCUGCUUCCAGUACCAGUACUCCUAAAAUCUCACCUAAAUCAUCCACAGAAUCUGGCAUAGAAUUCAAAGAUGCAGUCGAUUGA